AAGAGCUCGCGACCGCGCGCUGCUGGCCUCAGUGGGCGGGAAAUAAAAAAAAAAUGGGUAUAGCGACUGUCGUUGUAUUGUCUUUGGUCGCGUUGACGUGUGGCCAGGAGAUACAUCAGGAGGUGGACCAGCCGGUGGACCUGGCGGAUGAGGUGGCGGACACCGAUGUGGUGCUCGCUUUUGUGAUAUUCCGGCACGGCGACCGCACCCCUGACGAGGAGGAGCUGGAUCUCUCAGCGGAAGCCGUCAACAGAAAUGUCUUCUUCCCUUACGGUAUGAAGGCGCUAACCAAUCGGGGUAAGCAACGAGCUUAUCAGGUCGGGCAGUACAUCAGGAGACGCUACGACGGCCUGAUAUCACGGCUGUACCUGCCGGACGAGGUCGUGAUCCGGACAACGGACUAUGCGCGGACGAAGAUGACGGCGCUGGCUGCGCUGGCCGCGAUAUACCCGCCGCCGCCCGCGCAGAAAUGGAACCCUGCGUUGGACUGGCAACCUGUGCCUUACGAUACGUUGCCGUACGAUGAGGAUGACCUCCUAUACUGGUACAACUGCCCACGAUACCUCUGGCUGCGAGACAGAGUGUAUGAAUCGCCUGAGGUCGCUUCCACUUUGAGACAAUACAACAGCUUAUUCCAAUACUUGAGCCAGCACUCAGGAUCAAAUAUCACUACACCCGAACAAGUAUUUUUCUUGGACAACCUUUUCCAAACACUGAAUAAUGUGAAUCUAAGGCCCCCUAAAUGGGCGCAAGACGUAAUGCCUCAAAUCAAAGCCAUGACAAAGAUUGAAUAUGCAAUAGAAGGCUACAAUGACGAAUUAAAGCGAUUGUCGACAGGAGUGCUGAUGGCCGAAAUCGUGAAUUCGACCAAUGCCGCGAUAGCGGGCUACACAGACCAGCCCAAGUUGCGACUAUACUCCGCUCACGAGAACAACGUAGCUGCCCUGAUGGCUGCCGCUGGAGUCUUCGAACCGCACCAGCCCAAGUACGGAGCUACAUUCUCCUUGGAGUUGCGACGUCAUCAACUCACCGGCCAGUAUGGAAUUACGGCCGUGUACACGCCCGUCCCCGGCGAGCCGGAGGAGUACCUCAAGGUAAAAGGGUGCGGCGGCACUACGUUCUGCAACUACAACCACUUCCUCGAGCUGACGCAGAACGUGCUGUGGUCCCGGGAGGAGUUCCGAUACCAGUGCCCGAAGAGACAUUAGUCAUAAUCACUGAACUAUGGGAGUAAAACUUUAACAAAACUUGCUAAGUGGACAUUAUAGAGUUCUUACAGCCCUGAAAAUAUUAAUAGUAUUGUAAAUCUUGGAUUCAGGCGUAGAAUCAAAUUUAAUUUAAAUUUAACCUCCUGGGGUUCCAUGUCAUAAUAUUAGGACAAAAUGCCUACG